CGACAUGGGUUAUUACCUAACAGAUGGUAUAUAUCCUCAAUGGGCCGCGUUUAUUCCCACAAUAUCUCUUCCAUUGAAUGAGAAGGAAAGCCUUUUUGCCCAAAAGCAAGAGAGCAAACGAAAGGAUGUGGAGCGUGCAUUUGGAGUAUUACAAGCUCGUUUUGCAAUAAUUCGUCAACCAGCAUUAGCUCGUGAUAAAUAUAUGCUAGGAAAAAUAAUGUUUGCUUGCAUUAUAAUACAUAACAUGAUAACUGAAGAUGAACGAGAUUCGUACUCCCUUCGUUUUGAUCCACAUGAUUAUGACCAAGAUUUUCGCCCAUCCUCAAGCCGACGACAAAACGCCGAUGAACCUUUUAUAUAUCAUAAUAGUGAUAAUCGCAUCGGAAAUUUGCAGACAUUCAUGAACAAUAGGGAUCGCGUCCGUGAUCAAGCUAUGCAUAGACGACUCAAAUUGGAUCUCGUAGAAAAUAUUUGGCUUAAAUUCGGGCUAAACAACGAGCAAACUAGUUAAGGUGUUGUGUUAUUUAUAUUUUUUAAAUAUGGUGUAUCAAUCUUUAUUUAAGAAAAGU